CCCAGGUGGAGAGAAGUUGGACAUGACUCGGUGGGCUCGGCCCGGUACCAGCAGCGCGGCUGUACGGAACAGAAAGGUGUGUGCGGCCUCCCCCUGGGGAGAACUCCAGCAGCAGCAGCGGCCACAUGGGGAGGGCGGGGCCGGCAAGCGCAAAGCCCCUGUCCCACAGCCGCCUCCCAACAACAAGAAGAAGAAGAAGGAUGUGUAUGUGAACCAAGAUGUCAACGGGUUCGGGCAGUACCAAGCAGAACUGGGCGGUGUGGAGAGCCCAAGGAAGGAGCAGCGCAGGGAGGACAGGAGGCUAAAGAGACAGACCCAUAAGAAGGACAGGAUGAUUUGUUUUCAUUGUCGGAAGCCGGGUCACGGCAUGGCGGAUUGUGCUGAAGUGCUACGAUGUCAGGAGUCGGGCACGGGAAUCUGUUUUCGUUGUGGCUCUACAGAGCAUGAACUUACCAAAUGCAGAGCUAAAGUGGACCCAGCCCUUGGAGAAUUUCCCUUUGCAAAAUGUUUCAUAUGUGGUGAAAUGGGACAUUUGUCACGGUCGUGUCCUGAUAACCCUAAAGGACUGUAUGCUGAAGGUGGAAGCUGUCGGAUUUGUGGUUCUGUAGAACAUUUCCAGCGGGACUGCCCACAGCAUCAGAAUUCAGCUCAAAUAACCGUUAAAAGAUGGUCAAAAGGGAUGAGUGCUGAUUAUGAAGAAAUUCCUGUAACUCCAAAAGUGCAAAAACCAAAACUAAAAUCACCAAAAAUUGUCACAUUCUAAGGUGUGCCCUUCUCUCCUUGGACCUCUGCCAGUACACUUCCAGUGGGCUCAGUAAGUUGGCCUGGGACCUACUGAAAUGGAUUUAUAAAAUGUAACAAGCUGCUAACGUUCCAAUGUCCAUCAUCUCCACUCAGAAUGGAUCAAUGGAGAACUCAUGUGGGAAGAAAAGAGCUUACAAUGGAUAUGGGCAUUGGCAGCAUACAGUUACCAUGGUAACACUGAUGCAUUGAGUAAGAGGAAGCAUUAUUCUACAAAAGGAAGCUGCCCCACAUACCUUUGCUGUAAUAAUGAUCAGAAAAGCUAAUAUAUAUAAACAGUGCCAGUACUGUGUUGCUGUUGCUGAAUUCAUGUAACUAAGGCCUUCAUUUGUCUUAGAAUUUUGGGGUCUGUCAGUAUGAAUGAAGAGCCCUAGGAAGGGACACUGACCCUCAAAAUUGUCUAUGUUUUUGCCUUAAUAAACAGGGUUACAUAA